GCGCGGGCACGUGGGCACCGCUGUCAAUCACGUGCGGGCUGGGCUCCGCGGGGCGAGAGCGGCGGCGGUGGCGGCGGCGGCGGCGGCGAUGGGACCCCGGCGAGAGAUCUGCGGCUAGGCUGGCUGCACUUGCUCCACGGGUCAGGGGAUCGGAGGGGCAGUAGGACUGAAGAAUGUGCUGCUGAAAAGAAAAGUUAAAAAGUAAACAACAGCAGAGGACAAGCAGUUCAAAGCUGGGAAGAAUGAGUUCUUGCAGCAACAUCUGUGGGUCCAAGCAAGCACAGGCACCUGCCGAGGGUGGGUACCAGCGCUAUGGUGUGCGGUCCUACCUGCACCAGUUCUAUGAAGACUGCACAGCCUCCAUCUGGGAGUAUGAGGAUGAUUUUCAGAUCCAGAGGUCACCUAACAGGUGGAGCUCAGUAUUCUGGAAGGUCGGACUCAUCUCCGGCACGAUCUUCGUGAUUCUUGGAUUAACUGUUCUGGCAGUGGGCUUUCUUGUGCCCCCUAAAAUCGAAGCCUUUGGAGAAGCGGAUUUUGUGGUGGUUGACUCGCAUGCCAUGCAGUUUAAUAGUGCCCUUGACAUGUGCAAGCUGGCAGGGGCUGUGCUGUUCUGCAUUGGGGGCACGUCCAUGGCGGGGUGCUUGCUGAUGUCGGUGUUUGCCAAAAGCUACUCCAAAGAAGAGAAAUUCCUUCAGCAAAAGUUUAAAGAGCGAAUCGCAGAUAUCAAGGCCCACACCCAGCCCAUUAGUAAAGCUCCAGGCCCAGGGGAGACAAAGAUUCCAGUCACUUUGUCCAAGGUUCAAAAUGUCCAGCCUCUGUCGGCAACCUGAAGCCUUCUCCACCCAAAUUGCCCCCUUGUGGCUCACACACCUUGGGAAAAGGAGUGCUGGCUUCUGAGAUGACAUGGAUUUGAUGAUGGCCCACCCUGGGCUGUUUGCCAAGGGGCACAGAGUAUAGGAGGGAGCUCAUAUGUGCUUGGUCUAGAUGUGACAGCUGUGCCACAAUCACCCGCCCAGUGCAUCCAGCUGCUUCAGGCAGGUGCUCUGUGCCUACCAGGAGCCCCCCGGAGCUUCUCUUUCGGAUGUUGUGACCUUGUCUGAUUUCUGGUGUUGUUUAAAGUGCUCAACCAUUCAGACCAGCUAACGUGGUCCAUUUUGUUUCCUGAUAGUUGGUUUUUCUACUCCUUCCUGGGUGGUGCUGUCUUCUACCCGUGUCUCUCCGUGUGUAAGAUAUGGUCAUGUUGUGUUCACAGAAACCUAGAGUUCUCUGAUUUCGGUCUCAAUAUUUGUCUUUUAAUUACAUCGUGCCAUGAAGUUCCAGAGAUUAGACACAAAUGUAUCAGUGUUCUCCAUAAACCUUUGUGCACUCUUCAGAUUUUCUUUUCUCACUUAAAAAGCUGAAAUUGCCAACUUUAGAAUUUUGGUAGCAAAAAAACUAAUAUUGAAAGUAUAUGUUUAUGCGGUACCUGGAAAGCACUGUAUUGAAAACCCAAGAAAUCUGAAUUCAUACUACCUAACUGUGUGAUUUGCAGGAAUCUGUUCGCUUCCUAGGUCUCACCUUCCCCAUCUAUGGAAUGGGAGUCUAAGGACCUGCCCUGCUCAAAUACCAGCCAUUAAUUUUUUGCUGUAUGUCCUCAAGUCUCCCCAUCAAGGAGGUUUAUUAGCUUGUGGCUGUCACCGUGAUGGGUUUUUUCAGAACUGGACCCCUGGAAAUCACUGAGUUUGCAAUCCUACAUGAUGGACCUUUAAAUACGCAACCACAGCAGUUUAUACAAUGCUAUCAUAUUUUUAUAAAGACACCAGUAAACAUCCUCAAGUAAGAAACCCUUAGGAGAUAUUAACCUCAAAAGAGAUUUUUGUUCCAAGAUGUUUUAUUCUCCAGCAAGAUCUCCUUCUUAUACCAUGCACUUUGAUUAAUCUGUGCAAUUAAACUGGGCUGAGGAAAACGAAAGGUAUGACCUUAGUGUUCUGUCAGAAUAUGUGCCACCUUAAGAGUCCUGUCCUUUUUUUCCUUUUUCUUCCUCCUUCCUUCACUGGAUAAAUAAAAUAUGUGAAUGAAACAAACCUGAAGUUCAUGGUCAUCCGUCACCAUGGCUAUUUUCCCUCCAAAGUGUAAUUUUCCAUCCUGACACAGAAUACACUCUGAUAUUUCCCUGGAUAAAUGGAAAAUAAAUGAAGCAAUUAGUGA